AAGCCAUUAACCUGCCUUGUUCAGAGAGAACACUAAAUCAGCACAAUAUGGCACAGCAUAGCAUUGUCCUUGGAUUAUUCAUGAUGACUGUUUUAUCACUGUUGGAUGGAAGUUCAGCUUUCCUGUUAAAUCAGCGUCUGAAGGGAAGAUUUCAAAGAGACCGUAGAAACAUCCGUCCAAACAUCAUCCUUGUUCUUACUGAUGAUCAGGAUGUAGAACUUGGUUCUAUGCAAGUGAUGAAUAAAACAAGGCGGAUCAUGGAACACGGAGGUGCUCAUUUCAUCAAUGCCUUCGUGACAACACCCAUGUGCUGCCCAUCUCGCUCCUCUAUUCUUACGGGGAAGUACGUCCACAACCACAACACUUACACUAACAAUGAGAACUGUUCUUCUCCGUCCUGGCAGGCUCAGCAUGAAAUACGUACGUUCGCAGUGUACCUCAACAACACAGGAUACAGGACAGCUUUCUUUGGAAAGUACCUUAAUGAAUACAAUGGUUCCUAUGUGCCUGCUGGUUGGAAAGAAUGGGUUGGAUUACUUAAAAACUCUCGAUUUUACAACUACACUCUCUGUAGAAAUGGAGUGAAGGAGAAGCAUGGAUUUGACUACUCCAGGGAUUAUCUAACUGAUCUGAUUACCAAUGACAGUAUUACCUUCUUCAGAAUCUCAAAGAAGAUGUAUCCUCACAGGCCUGUACUGAUGGUUAUAAGCCAUGCUGCUCCUCAUGGCCCUGAAGAUUCAGCCCCUCAGUACUCACAUCUCUUUCCUAAUGCCUCACAACACAUCACUCCCAGUUAUAACUAUGCUCCAAACCCAGACAAGCACUGGAUAAUGAGGUAUACAGGUCCCAUGAAACCUAUACACAUGGAGUUCACUAACAUGCUACAGAGAAAGCGCCUUCAAACACUCAUGUCCGUGGACGACUCUAUGGAGAUGAUUUACAAUAUGUUGGUUGAAACAGGUGAACUGGACAAUACGUAUAUAAUAUACACAGCAGACCAUGGUUAUCAUAUUGGGCAGUUUGGGCUGGUGAAAGGAAAGUCCAUGCCGUAUGAGUUUGAUAUCAGAGUUCCUUUCUAUGUCCGAGGUCCAAAUGUGGAGGCUGGAUCCUUGAAUCCUCACAUUGUGCUGAAUAUUGAUCUCGCACCUACAAUUCUAGAUAUUGCCGGAUUAGAUAUUCCAUCUGAUAUGGAUGGUAAAUCCAUUCUAAAGCUUCUGGAUUCUGAGAGACCAGUGAAUAGGUUCCAUUUAAAGAAAAAGAUGAAGGUGUGGAGAGACUCGUUCCUAGUGGAAAGAGGUAAACUGCUGCAUAAGAGGGAGAAUGAGAAGGUAGAUGCCCAAGAAGAAAACUUUCUACCCAAAUACCAGCGUGUGAAAGACCUCUGUCAGCGAGCUGAGUAUCAAACAGCUUGUGAACAGCUUGGCCAGAAGUGGCAGUGUGUGGAAGAUGCCAGUGGAAAGCUCAAGCUACACAAGUGCAAGGGAAUGGCGAACUUGGCAGCUGCAGGCAACAGCAAAGGCACCUCCAAUAUUUUGCCCAAGUAUUACAACAGGAAUAGUGAAGACUGCAAUUGUGAAGAGAACGAAUACAAGCUGAGCCACGUCGGACGGAGAAAGAAACUCUUCUCCAAGAAAAAAUACAAACCAAGCUAUGUCCGGAAUCGCUCUAUCCGUUCUGUAUCUGUUGAGCUGGAUGGAGCCAUUUAUAACUUGGAUUUAGAGGAUGGAUACCAACCAAGAAACAUCACCAAGCGGCACAAGAUGCAUAGGGCUAUUCUUCGUGAGGAGGAAGAUAAAGACAUGGGGGAAUACAGUGGCACUGGUGGCAUUGCAGAGUAUACAGCCCCUAAUCUAAUAAAAGUGACUCACAGGUGCUAUAUCCUGGAGAAUGAUACCGUUCAGUGUGACACAGAUCUGUACAGGUCACUGCAAGCUUGGAAGGACCAUAAACUUCAUAUUGACCAUGAGAUUGAAACUUUGCAAAAUAAAAUAAAAAACCUGAGGGAGGUGAGAGGUCAUCUGAAGAAGAAGCGACCUGAAGAGUGUGAUUGUAACAAGAUAAGUUACCAUUCAAAACACAAAAGCAAACUGAGGCACAAGGGAUCUAGUCUUCAUCCUUUCAAGAAAGCCCUACAGGAGAAAGACAGGCUGUGGCUGCUUCGAGAGCAAAGACGAAAGAAGAAGCUGCGCAAACUGCUUAAGAGAAUAAAAAAUAACGACACAUGCAGCAUGCCUGGUCUGACCUGCUUCACCCAUGACAACCAACACUGGCAAACGGCUCCCCUGUGGACACUGGGCCCUUUCUGUGCCUGUACCAGUGCCAACAACAACACGUACUGGUGUCUGAGGACUAUCAACGAGACCCACAACUUCCUGUUUUGUGAAUUUGCUACUGGAUUUUUGGAGUAUUUUGAUCUCAAUACCGAUCCGUAUCAGCUAAUUAAUGCAGUGAAUACACUAGACAGAGACGUUCUCAAUCAACUGCACGUCCAGCUCAUGGAACUAAGGAGCUGCAAAGGGUAUAAGCAAUGCAAUCCAAGAACUAGGAACAUGGAUCUGGGACUUAAAGAUGGAAGCUACGAGCAGUACAGGCAGUUUCAGCGUCGAAAGUGGCCAGAUGUGAAGAGACCAUCAUCUGCCAAGUCACUAGGACAACUGUGGGAAGGAUGGGAGGGCUAACCUCCCCCAACCGCUGCACCUCCACGAGGAUACAAACUGGCCAGAACUUGAAUCCAUGUACAGACUAAAGGAAAAUGGGUAUGACUUCAGAAAGAAUUACAAUGUUAGCCUGGAGGACUGGAUAAGCUUUGAGGCUGAAAUAGAUAGAAUGUUUGCACUGGGGAGUGAAUUAAAUAGACGCAGUGAAAUUACGGGACAUGCUGUCAGAAAUACAGGUCUCUGAAAUCCACUAUUGUACCUGCUUUUUGCUUUGGAUUAUACCUCACCGGCUUCACCAGGCAUUUUACUUCAAGAUGACACCACUAACACUGAUCCAGGAAUUGACAGAAGAGUAAAUACAGCCGCAUCCCAAAGAGGAUUGCCAUCCCAGUGGGCAAAGUGUACACAAAGACAGCGGAAGUAAUCUUAAAACUUUUUUCAGUUCAACUGUAU